AUGUCUUGUAAUUUUCCGCACGAACUUGAACCCUGUUUAGCUCGUCUUGGGACUACGCCAGAAGACAAACCUGCUUUCAUCAAGGAAGUGUAUGCAGUAGACGAUAUAGAGACACUGAGACAGAUUAUCAUAAGAAAAGAGAGAGAAAGACAGAGCAUUGCCAAUGAUUUAGAAGUAGCAGCUAGAAUUGGUCUCGUUAUUUCUGAAACAAAUGAAGCCAUACAACUCAAGCUCGAACAUCUAGAAAGAGAGAACAAGAUGCUUCAAGACGAACUUAGAUUACGAGCCAACGACGCAAAGAAAGACAUCAAUGCUGUAAAUGCAACGAAUGAUGGUUUAUUGCUUUCAGAAGAAGAAGAAAAAAUCUACCUCACGCAAGAAUUAGAUCAAGCGCGAAGAGAGUUGACGAAAUUUAGAAGAGAAAUGGAUGGUCUAUCUGCUCAACUGAACGAUAUGGCAUCAGAGAUGGUGGAUUCUCGUUCAAAAGUGAGUGUUUAUGCAAAGAGGCUGGCAGAAGUGGAGCAGAAACUAGCGGCAACCAGGGAUGUGAAUACAAAUUUGCAAGCUCUGUUGGAUAAAGCGCUUACUUCACAGAAGCAAUCGAGCUCGAAUACCUCGCAUUUGGUCAAAAAUAUUCAAAUGGAUCUGUCCAGGGUUGUUUCUGAAAACGAGCAAUUGCGAGCACGUAUUGCUGAACUCGAAAAUCAACAGAUUGAAUGCGAGGAAAAGCUGGCUGCCAUGGUGAUUCAGGCACAAGAAUAUGCAGCUCGAUUGGAGCAAGCGCAAGACACAAUUCAUAGUCUGAGUGAGCCUAAACUGUUGGAUGAAGACGAUUUCCCCAGCAUGAGCCAACACAGCGGCUUUAAUUCAUUUUCUGUCUCAUCACAGGAUGGCACCAAGGAAACUGAAAUUACAAAGGGGCCUGUAUUUUCUGCAGAAUUCAGACAAGAAAUGCAAAAAGAAAUCGAACGCAAUCUGAACCUAAGGAACGAAAUCCGCCAUCGCAUCAUUACAGCAGAUUCAAACAAUACAGACAAGAAGAAGUUGCAAGAAGGACUAAAGUACCUUGUAUCGGAACGAGAGAACGCUGGAUUAGCCAGUUUAUCUACCAGCACCAGUUCAUCCACCAACUCUUCCAUCCUGUCCACUGUCAUGAAGAAGGAAAUGAUACACACCACUGCAGCUGCAGCAGUUGCAGCAGUAGCAAAUACAGCACAUAAUUUAAAUCCACAUGCAUCCCACACUAUUCAUACCACUACCACCAACAAUCAUACAUCUAAUAUAUCUAAUACAUCUAAUACUAUAAAUAAUAUAAAUCAUCAGCAUAGCCACCACGCACACACAUCGCAAGCAUCAUCACCAUCGCCGUCAAAUGCAGGCGUAGUAGAAGAAGAACCCAAGGCCCCCGUAUUGAGGCCAGCGAGCUUCUUGACUGGAUUUGGUGGAUUUGGAUCUGAAACAGGGCUAGGCAUUGGAGGCAACUUCAUCACCAGAGGUAUUCCGCCAAGAGGUGCUUUUGCUGCUACAUCGGGUGGCGCUUCUGCAGCAACAAACGCAUUGUCUGCCUCGCGUGGUGAUGGACCUAGUAUAUCCACGCGAUUCUUUCAGAGAUUGGCUUCGAGAUUAGAUGAUUAUGACAAGAAGGUUCCUUCUUCAAUAAGCAAAUAA